CAAAUAUGGAACAGAUGGGGAAAUAAGUGGAGUCCAAUAUUUAACAGUUGGGAAGUCACCGUUUGCAAUCAUAACACCUCUGCAAAGUAAUCCUAUCUCUCCUUUUGCACUUUUAGCUUCUUCUUAUCUCAGGGCAUGUUCUUUUCACGGCUCUGAAAGGGAAGUUGGGUUUGUAAGAGAAAGAAAGAAAUGCAAAGAGUAAGGGUAUCAUCACAUCAAGCUCCAGUGCAAAGGCUGGGGGGUUCACAAAUGACAUUGUCCCCAAAGUUUAGGUUAGCUGCAAAGCAAUCUGAUCCUUCAUUUGAGUUAGAACUGCAGUUAAAGGGAGAACCCCUAAUUCCUAGACUUCCAGAUGAUGUUGCUCUCAAUUGCCUCCUCAGGAUACCCGUCGAUAACCACAUGGCCUGUAGGACCGUCUGUAAGCGAUGGUAUUCACUCUUUGCCACUAAAGAUAGAUUCUUUUGUCGAAGGAAGGAGCUUGGAUUUCAUGAUCCUUGGCUUUUUGUCUUUGCCUUUCAUAAAAGUAGUGGCAAAAUUCAGUGGAAAGUUUUUGAUCUAAACAACUUUGCUUGGCAUACUAUCCCUGCGAUGCCGUGCAAGGAGGAGAAAGUGUGUCCCCAUGGAUUCAGGUGUAUAUGCAUUCCCCAUGAGGGUGUUCUCUAUGUUUGUGGUGGAGUAGCCUCUGAUGUUGAUUGUCCCCUUAAUUUGGUGGUUAAAUAUGAAGUCCGGAAAAACCGUUGGACUGUUAUGAAGAAGAUGAUCACAGCUAGGUCCUUUUUUGCCAGUGGAGUUAUUGAUGGGAUGAUUUAUGUUGCUGGAGGAAACAGCACAGAUCUUGUUGAGUUGGAGUCUGCUGAAGUCUUGGAUCCUAUUAAAGGGAUUUGGUACCCUGUUGCAAAUAUGGGAACUAACAUGGCCUCAUACGACUCUGCAGUUGUUAAUGGAAAGCUUCUAGUAACAGAAGGUUGGUUUUGGCCUUUUUCUUUUGUGCCUAGGGGCCAGAUUUAUGACCCUAAAACGGAUAAUUGGGAGAACAUGGCUUCUGGACUUCGAGAAGGUUGGACUGGUUCUAGUGUUGUGCUAUACGGCAGAUUGUUUGUAGUUUCGGAACACGAACGGACAAAACUUAAGGUUUACAAUGCAGAAACUGAUUCCUGGGACACUGUUGAAGGACUUCCACUGCCAGAGCAGAUAUGUAAACCUUUCUGUGUAGAUUGCUGUGACAACCGGAUUGCUGUCGUAGGCCGAAAUCUUCAUGUUGCUGUAGGACAUAUCACGAGCCAAGGCUGCUCAUUCGUUGUUUACUGGCAAGUGGUAGAUGCUCCUGAAUCCCUCUCUGACUUCACGCCGUCUAGUGCACAGGUUCUAUUUGCUUAGUUUUCUUUGCAACUACACGGGAUUGCCAAAACUGUGCGUGGAAUACCUAAUAUAUUAUCUUAUGUAUUUCCAACAAGGUAGGGGUAAGAUUUGCGUACAUCCUACCCUCCCCAGACCCCACUUGUGGGACUACACUGGGUGUGUUGUUGUUGUAUCAAGGUCCAUAUACUCUUUCUGCUGUAUUUAGCUCUAAUAUAGUAAAUCCCUUUACCAUUUAGCUUUCCUGAUUCUUAUCAUGUACUUCUUGAUCAAUGCUAUUUCACUGAGGAACGUAACUA